UCAGCUUUUCACGCAUCGUACUCCUCGUUGCUCUGGUGGUCAUACCUCUAACUCUACGGUUCGAGAUGGUUUUCAGUUUUACUUUCAGCUUUACCGUGCCCGAGAUACCGAACCCGUUCGCGGCGGCAAAGCGGCAAGUUUCGCCUCCGAGGUGUCCUGACAGUGGCAGGCAGACACUGUCUCGACGGGAUGUCGGUCCUCGUCAACGCCGACUGCCCUCUCCUUCUGCAUCGACUAAGACAUUGCCUUUAAACCGCAAACGCGGGUGGGAGCCAGCCCUCGCUGAGCCUAGUCAAGCAACUACCGAUCAAACCUCCACCAGCGGGUACCUCGACACCCCAGCCAAGUACAGGGACAUGGCGCCGUCGAGGGACGAGGAGACUGAGGUCGAGGACAUGGUCGCAGAGUUACCCCCCGCCAAGCGGCGUCGAACGCUCGCCGGCUCUAUUGUAUCAACUGCGUUGAGCGCGGCCUUAAUAGGCACGGCGGUCGGUCUCACCGUCUAUCGCCUUUGGAGAGACCGAGGCAAGGAGCCCGAGCAGCUGCCACCACCCCCGCCUUAUCAAGAAAGGGACUGGGUCCCUGUUCAGUCUGCAAAGUCCCCCGAGCCUCCUGCCGUGCAAGUCACGCCAUCCACCCCCCAACACAACCGAAGAUCUCGCCCAGCUGGGAGCCGCCGUGCCGCAACCCGCCACCGCCGCACGCCUACCCGCCCUCGCAUUCAGACCUCUACCCGAAGUGCCUCGCCGGCAUGGCAUCCGGAGCCUCGCUUCGAUUUCAGUCAGCAGGCGGAGCUACCUACCCCUGACGUGGAGCUCGACGUCGAUGAAGAGAUGGACUGGAUUGGUGGAAAGAUCAGCCAGCUCAUCGAGGAGGGCAAGAAGGCGCUCGGCAAGGAGGUCGUCGUCAUGAGUGACGCUCAAGAAGACGAAGUCGAUGAUGGCACUGGUAACUGGGAGGAAGAGUCUGCCGGACCUUCCACUGCUUCACGAAGAGGUUCAAUGCGCCGGUCCAAGAGGCCUCGAGCCAUUCACCCUCCGCCCGCGUACUUCGCUGGCUCGGCAUCGGCCAGCAGUUCGCCGCGGGUCAACCAGUUCGAGCGAGGUCACUCGCAUGGCGUCUCAGGUAUCUCAAGAGGCGCCUCUGUCGAGUCGCAGCGGUCGCAGUUCCAGGAGGACCCGACUGCGUGGGAGAGUCCAGAGUUGCGGGAGUCGAUGCAGAGAGCGAGGGAGAUGUACCUGAAGCGUAGGUCAUGAAGACGAGAGGGAGGGCGCGCUGUGUAUUUUUGUUGCUAUCUUAUUUCUGACGACACUUCAUGACGAACCGUAUAGACUAAUAUUUCUUGUCACUACUAGCAUUUGCAUCGUCCGUGCAGCAUUCGUUUUGCGAUCCUUUCGCAUAACUUUCGUUCUAUCUAUGUAGCACUUUACUUUAUGCGGAACGAACAAAUCCAAUGUACCAUUACCAAAUGAAUGGAUAGCUUGACCUUC